GGCUCGUGUCCCCACAGGGCCGAGAGAGAGGAAGAUGAUGCUGCAGACGUCAGUUGUGUGGCUCUUAGCGCUGUGCGCCAUGGCGCUCGGCUGCCCCCACAUCGUCUCCCGCUCCCAGUGGGGGGCCCGAGUCCCAAAAAACAAGGUCCAUCUGAAAACCCCGGUGCCCUAUGUCAUCGUCCACUACUCAGCAGGGAGUUGCUGCUUCACACCAGCCUCCUGCAGCUGGCUGGUCAGAAUCAUCCAGAGAUACCACAUGGACAACUGGCUCCUUGCCGACAUUGCCUACAACUUCCUGAUCGGUGAGGACGGCAGAAUCUACGAGGGCAGAGGCUGGAGAACGAGGGGGGCCCAUGCCGAGAACUGGAACAAUAAGUCCCUGGGAAUCAGCUUCCUGGGCAACUUCUCCAAAAUAGGCCCCAGACGUGCCGCGCUGAACGCCGCCAAGCGCCUGAUCCAAUGUGCCGUCUCCAGGAACUUCCUGAGCCGCAAAUACAUCCUGAAGGGGCUUCGCAACGUGAAACUGACCCGCUGCCCCGGGAAUGCCCUCCACGGGGUCAUCAAAUGGUGGCCCAGGUUCAAAGCCUGAGUCCCUGCAGCCUCAGGGCAGACCCUGCACCCAUCGCUGACCCCACCCGUGGCUUCUGCCUGUUCGAGCAGCACCUCUGCCCCCCACCAGGGGGCAGCCUCCUGCUUCUCACCCACCAGCCUGCAAAGGACCCGGCGGGGGGUCGCAGAGUCCCACAAAGGGGUUUUUAAUUCAAGUGCCAUUUGCCUUUAACCCAGCGCCCCUGUGGCUUAGCGCUUGGUUUGCUUGGGAGCUACUGAGCAGUGAAAAUAAACCAGCUUCUAGCACAUGAAAA